GGACUGAAACCCAAGUGAGGAGAUGGAUUGAAUCAAAUGCCUUUUAGAAGACGAUGUGGACCACAUUCACAGCAUUGCUCUCAUCAACUUUCAUGGUAGUCUCAUCAAAAAACACCAAAGGAUUUCACCGUACUACACCAGAUAAUACAGAGAGGAUAGACUCUGCACAUAGAUCCUGAUCAUCACCCAAGGAACAACUGCACAACUGCAGGAAGACAGCUAGUCCCCUCACAGCAUUGCUCAACACAGAGGAGGUUGGGCAGUGAAACUAUCAUCUGGAAAUCGGUCGGGUCAGGGGAGCUUUGACACAUCGUCAGAUCUGAAACUGGUCAGUGGUCUGGAGCCUUCCACCAGAACCAACCUUUCUCAGGGUUCGGUUGUGGGUGAUCGGUCAGGGUGAGGCUGGGAAGAAGUGUGAGUGGCUCCAAGUGUGAUGAGAGCUUCAGUUAUUCAUUUAUCCUCAAGAAUCACUGACUCAUUUCUACAGGAGGAGGAGCCUGUUCAAGUGUGAAGUGUGUGAGGAGGAUUCCACGGGAUUAUAAGAUCUAAUGUCACACACACUGCGUCUGUUGUACACUUGAGAGCACAACAAUAACAAUGGAAGAGACAGCCUUCAAGUGCGAGGAAAGUGAUGAAGACUUUGCACACUCAUCAAUGAUUGUGCAUCCACAACACAUUCACAUUGGAGAAAAGCCAUUCAGUUGUGAAAUGUGUAACCAGGAUUUUGUACAGUUAUCAGACCUCGUGAAUCACCAGCGCAUUCACACAGGGAAAAAAGCAUUCAUAUGCGAGGUAUGUGACAAAUCGUUCUCACAGUCAUCGAAGUUUCUCAUGCACCAACACACUCACACAGGGGAGAAACCAUUCACAUGUGAGGUGUGUAUCAAAUCUUUCUCUGAUUCAUCAUAUCUCCGCAGACAUCAACGCACCCACACUGGAGAGAAACCAUUCACAUGUGAGGUGUGUGAUAAAUCAUUCUCCCAGUCAGGGAACCUUCACAUACACCGACGUAUUCACACGGGAGAGAAACCAUUCAGCUGUGAAGUGUGUGACAAGUCUUUCUCUCACUCAUCGCUCCUCCGUGUGCACCAACGCAUUCACACAGGGGAGAAACCAUUCACGUGUGAAGUGUGUGACAAAUCAUUCUCUGAUUCAUCAGCCCUUCGCAGACACCAGCGCAUUCACACAGGAGAGAAACCAUUCAUAUGUGAGGUAUGUGACAAAGCAUUCUCCAGGUCGUCAAGUCUCCUACUUCAUCAGAGGAUCCACACAAGGCAGAAACCGUUUAUGUGUGAGAUUUGUGACAAAUCAUUUUCAGCCGCAUCAAGUCUCCGUGCACACCAACGGAUUCACACAGGGGAGAAACUGUUCAAGUUGGACAUUGAGGGAGAAGAUCAGGAUGAAGUCAGAUUCUCCUCCAUUCCACCAGUCAGUUUCCCAAGCUUCAGGAAGCUGAUGUUGCUCCAGAAAUAUUUCAGCAGCAAGAUGCAGAAGGGAAGCUACAUGGAAGAGAAACCCUUCAAGUGUGAAGUAUGUCACCAAGGUUUUGCACGAUCAGCAACACUCAGAAAUCACCAACGUAUUCACACUGGAGAGAAACCUUUCAAGUGUGAAGUGUGUAACAAAGGCUUUGCACAAUUAUCAGGCCUCGUGAAUCACCGGGCAAUCCACACGGGUCAGAAACCCUUCAUCUGCAAGGUAUGUGACAAAUCAUUCUUGCAGUCAUCAACCCUCCGCCGACACCAACGUAGUCACACUGGAGAGAAACCUUUUAUGUGUGAGGUGUGUGAGAAAUCAUUCUCCCAAUCAGGGAUCCUCCGCACACACCAACGCAUCCACACAGGAGAGAAACUCUUCAAGUGUCAGGUGUGUGAAAAAUCAUUCUCAGACUCAUCAAGACUCCUGCUUCAUCACAGGAUUCACACAGGGGAGAAACCAUUUGUAUGUGAUGUGUGUGAGAAAUCUUUCACACAGUCAUCUACGCUCCAUAAACACCAACGCAUUCACACGGGGGAGAGACCGUUUAGGUGUGAGGUGUGUAACAAAUCCUUCUCACGGUCACAAAAUCUCCGUGCACACCGACGUAUUCACACAGGGGAGAAACCGUUCAGGUGUGAUGUAUGUCACCAGGAUUUUGCACAAUUGUCAGGCCUCGUGAAUCAUCGGCCUGUUCACACAGGGGAGAAGCCCUUCACAUGUGAGGUAUGCGCUAAGUCAUUCCCGCAAUCAUCAACCCUCCUUGUUCACCAACGCAUUCACACUGGGGAGAAACCAUUCAAGUGUGAGGUGUGUGAGAAAACAUUCUCAAGGUCAUCAUACCUCCUACUCCAUCGGAGGGUUCACACGGGGGAGAAGCCCUUCACAUGUGAGGUGUGUGAUAAAUCGUUCUCACAGUCAUCGACCCUCCGCAAGCACCAACGUGUUCACACAAGGGAGAAACUGUUCAGAUGUACAAGUGACGGCUGCUCAAGUGUGAUCUGUGAAAGGAGGACUUCAUGGAUUCCCCUGUUCUUAAGAUCCCUUAAUGCACAAGAUGAAUUUAUUGAUGCAAUUCUCAUGGAAGAUAAACCAUUUACUUGUGAGGUGUGUGACAAGUCAUUCUUGUGCUCAUCUGACUUCCUUCGACACCAACUCAUUCACACAGGGGGGAAGCCGUUCACAUGUGAGUUGUGUGACAAAUCAUUCUCACGACCAUCAAACCUUCGCAGACAUCAACACAUUCACACAGGGGAGAAGCCAUUCACAUGUCAGGCAUGCAAGAAAUCAUUCUCACGGUUAUCAAACCUUAGCGCGCACCAACACAUUCACACAGGGGAGAAGCCAUUCCCAUGCCGGUUAUGCAGUAAAUCAUUCUCAAAUUCAUCGCAAUACCUCAUGCACCAACAUGUCCACACAAGAGAGGAAAUGUAUAUGUGCAAUGUGUGCAACAAAUCAUUCUCAACACCAUCAAAUCUUAGGGAACACCAGCGCAUUCACACAGGGGAGAAACCAUGUAGAUGUGAAGUUUGCGAUAAAGGGUUUUUAAACUUAUCGACCCUCCGCAGACACCAACGCAUUCACACAGGGGAGAAACCAUUCACCUGUGAGGUAUGCAAAGAAUCAUUCUCACAGUCAUCACACCUCCACACACACCAACGCAUCCACACAGGGGAGAAACCAUUCACAUGUGAGUUGUGUGACAAAUCGUUUUCACGAUUAUCAAUACUCCGCAAACACAAAUGCACUCAUACAGCAGAGAAACCCUAUCGAUGUGAGUUCUGUAAUAAAGCUUUCACACAUUUGUUGGACCUCUUGGAACAUCAGCGAACACAUACAGGAGACAAACCGUUCCAGUGUGAUGUGUGUCAGGAUUGUUUCACCUAUUCCUCCUCUCUCACCAUACACCGACGUCUGCACACAGACUUGAUGCCAGAUCACCUGCUUCCAUCACACUGAGAGCUGUCUGUGUUGUUUACCCUCCAAUGCUCACUUAUGGGGAGCUGCCAUUCCAAAACACUGUCUGUCUCAAACCUCUCCCACCAUCAGUCCAUUGUUUCCAAAAAGACAACUUAACCUGUGAGCAUCUCUCCAAAUAUCAAAAAGAAAAUAUUUCAAAGGAUUGUACUGUACUACAUCAGAGAAUACAAAGAGGAUAGACCUGCAGAUAUUUCCUGACUAUCAUCCAAGAAACAACUGCACAACCAACUGCACAACCUUGGGAAGAUUUCCAGUCCCUUCACAGCAUUGCUUAACACAGAAAAAGUUGGGUAGUGAAACCAUCAUCUGAAAAUUGGUCAGGUCAGGGGAGCUUUGACAUAUCAUCUGAUAUGAAACUGGUCAGUGGCGUGGAGCCUUCUGUCAGAACCAAUCUUUCUGAGGGUUCGGCUGUGGGUGAUUGGUCACGGUGAGACUGGGAAGAAGUGUGAGUGGACUGCAGUGUGGUGAGAGCUUCAGUCAUUUAUUGAGCCUUAUGAACUACUGACUCACUCCUGAAGAGGAGAAGCUGUUCGAGUGUGGGGAGAGCUGCACAGGAUUAUAAGAACCUCUAAUACACAAGGUACAUCCUUGAUCGGCCACAUGGAAGUAAAACCAUUUAAGAGUGAGGUGCAGGAUCAGGAUUUUAUACAGUCAUCAAUAAUUGUGAGAAACAAACACAUGCACACUGGGAAAGAGCCCAUCAGGUGUGAGGUGUGUAAUAAGUCCUUCUCAAAGUCAUCGGCCCUCCUUGUUCACCGGCGUAUUCACACCGGGGAGAAACCAUUCACAUGUGAGGUGUGUGACAAAUCAUUUUCGCAGUCAUCGAACCUCCGUGUGCACCAACGCAUCCAUACAGGAGAGAAACCAUUUACCUGCGAGGUAUGCAACAAAUCAUUCACACUAUCAUCAAACCUCAUGGUCCAUCAGACAAUCCACACAGGGGAGAAACCCUUCAAAUGUGAGGUUUGUGAUAAAGCUUUUGUGACAUCUACAAGGCUGCUAAGACACCAAAAGAUUCACACAGGGGAGAAACCUUUCAAAUGUGAGGUUUGUGAGAAGGCUUUCAUCCAAUCCUCCCAUCUCCUGAUGCAUCAAAGGAUUCACACAGGGGAGAAACCUUUCAAAUGUGAGGUGUGCGACCGAGCCUUUGGACAAUCAUCUCACCUCCUGCGGCAUCAUAAACUCCACACCAGAGAGAAUUUCCCCAAGUGCGAAGUGCGUAAGGAGGGAUUUGGACAAUUAUUAGACCGAGUAAAACAUCAACGCAUUCGCACUGAUGAGAAACCAUUCAUGCAUGAUGUUUGUGGCACUUCAUUUUCAGAGUCAUGGAAUCUCCAUGGACACCAAUGCAUUCACACAGGGGAGAAACCAUUCACUUGUGAGGUAUGUGAGAAAUCUUGCUUGCGGUCAUCAAAUCUCCAUGUACACCACAUGGGGGUGAAACUGUUCAUAUGCAAGAUGUGUCACAGAGCCUUUACACGGUUAUCAAACCUCCUGGUUCAUCAGACAAUCCAUGCAGGGCAGAAACUCUUCAAGUGUGAAGUUUGUGACCAAACGUUUGCGACAUCUAAAAGCCUCUUGAUACAUCAUCGAGUUCAUACAGGGGAGAAACCCUUCAUGUGUGAGAUAUGUAACAGGGGCUUUGCACAAUCUUCGGCCCUGGUGAUUCACCGACGCAUUCACACAAGGGAGAGUCCAUUCACAUGUGAGGUGUGUGAGAAAUCAUUUUCAAAGUUAACAAACCUUCGCCGACACAAACAAAUCCACACAUGGAGGAAAGCGUCAAGUGUGGGGUGUGUAAUGGAGAGUUUGGAUGAUCAUUGAACAUACGGAGGAACCAUUCAAUUCAAGAUAUGUGACAUUCCCAGAGUCACCAAGGCUUUGUGUCCACUAGCAGAUUCACACAGAAGGAACUGUUCUCAUGCAAGAUCUGUUCUUUCCACCCUCCCACAACACAAUUAUUAUGAUGGUUAGAAAUCCGCCAGUCACAUCAACACAUUUACACAGGAGAAAUCAUUCCUGUGAAAGGUUUGUGAUAAGUCCUUCUCGCAGUCUUUCAGUAAUAAAUAGUUCAUGGUUAGGUGUUAUCCUGGCUCACCACUCUGCCUCACCAUGUUCUCGUGAAGAUGCUCACUAUAAUCCUGUGAUCUGAUUCUGCACCUUUAAAUCUUCAGACUCCAUUCUUCCUCUGGAGAGGUGAGAGCCCAGUGAUACUUUGCCAGUAAUCCAGAACCCAAGGCUUAAUGUUCUCAGGGCAUGAGUUUGAAUCCCACCAUGGCAGAUGGUGAAACUUGAAUUCUGUUUUGAAAAAUCUGGAAUUAAUAACUCGCCUAAUAGUGAUCAUAUAAAUAUUGUCAAUUGUCAUUAAAACCCAUCUGGUUUACUAAUGCCCUGUCGGGAAGGAAAUAUACUGUGCUUGCCUGGUCUGGCCUAUGUGUGACUCCAGACCCACAGCAAUGUGCUUCAUUCUUAACUCCCCUUUAAAAUAUCCCAGCAAGCCACUUGGAUCAUGGGACAAUUAGGGAUCAACAAUAAAUGCCAGCCCAGCCAGCAAUCCCCACACUCCAUGAAUUAAUUUUUUUAAAAAAUCACCGAGAUUUUUAAUAGUCUACGAUGACUCAAUCCAGAGAGAAUCUGAGGACAGUUUCUGUGUCCUGGACAUUGUGCGUACUUUUUGAGUCCCAUCAAUUGUUCUCUGUCUGACUGACCAUGUUCCAAAAGCCUCUUGAUACAUCAUAAAGUUCAUAAGGGGAGAAACCCUUCAUGUGUGAGAUAUGUAAUAGGGGCUUUGCACAACCUUUGGCCCUGGUGAUUCACCGACGCAUUCACACAAGGGAGAGACCAUUCACAUGUGAGGUGCGUGAGAAAUCAUUUUCAAAGUUAACAAUACUUCUCCCUUGAGGGAGGUCUCAGUCUCGGGUGACAGCACCAAUCACCCCACCAACCUCGUCAUCUACAUUCAGUGUACUGACAAAUCCUGCAUGGUAUCUGGCACCUUGUACUUCCAUUUCAGAAUGCUUUAUUUGUAAAUAUAUGUAAAUAUAUAUGCAGAUUUCACUUGUAUUGUUUCAAUGGAUUGCAAUCAGGUGAUUCCUUGAGUAUGUAAUGCAGGCAUGCUGUAAAUGGCCCUUCAUAAGCUAGUUGAUCUUUUGUUAGACUGCAACAACCCUUUGUUAGACUCUGGUGGCAGUAUAUUAGAUUACACUGGUCAUUUAUUAGACUGCAGUGGUGAUUUAUUAAACUGUAAUGGCCCUAUAAUAGACUGAAAUGUUAAUUUAUUAGACUGCAAUGGCCCUCUAUUAGACUGUAAUUGCAACUUAUUAGGAUGUACAGUAAUAGCCCAUUACUAGACCACACUUGCCCUUUAAUACUCUGUAUUGGCCCUCUAUUAGACUGUAAUGGCCAUUUUUAAGACUAAUGGCUCUUUAUACAAGUGUCAUGGCCUUUUAAAAAAAUCUGUGUUGAUGUUUUUGUAUUUUUAUUGUGAUGCUUCUGUUGUUGUUCUAUGAAUAUAUAUAUUCAACACCAUUUAACGUGAGAAAUAAUAAUUACCUCCUCCUUAAGAAACUUUCGGACUGCAAAUGAUGAUUUCCCUUAAGGAUGGCACACCAAUUUAUUCUCAAGAUCUUUCCCACAGUAAUGAAAGAUAUUUCAACCAUCCCCCUAAUGUAAUAAUACAUGCAAUUAUUCCAUAAAUUGUUGUGAACAAUAUUUACUUCCUUUGUGGAU